GGGAUCUCAGGUUGGCCCCACCCCCUGUUCCCGUCGCGAGCGGAGGCCGCGCGGGUAGGAGAGCGGCGGCCUUGUGCGCGCGCUGGGCGGCUGACUGAGGAAGACCAAAGCGGACGCCGUGGGAGUCUGAGCCGAAGAAGGAGUCCUAGUUGCUGAGGGGCCGCCGCAACUGCCGCGAGCCACAGGACCAACGCCAGGCCGAAGAGGGCGCCGCGCGGCGGAUUCGGCAAGAUGACACAGUUCCUGCCACCCAACCUUCUAGCUCUCUUUGCACCUCGUGACCCUAUCCCAUACCUGCCACCCUUGGAGAAACUGCCACAUGAGAAGCACCACAAUCAACCUUACUGUGGCAUUGCGCCCUACAUCAGAGAGUUUGAGGACCCUCGAGAUGCCCCUCCUCCAACUCGUGCUGAAACCCGGGAGGAGCGUAUGGAGCGGAAGAGGAGAGAAAAGAUUGAACGGCGACAGCAGGAAGUGGAAACAGAGCUAAAAAUGUGGGACCCACACAAUGAUCCCAAUGCUCAGGGUGAUGCCUUCAAGACUCUGUUCGUGGCCAGAGUGAACUAUGACACAACAGAAUCCAAGCUUCGGAGAGAGUUUGAAGUGUACGGACCCAUCAAAAGAAUACACAUGGUGUACAGCAAGCGCUCGGGAAAGCCCCGCGGCUAUGCCUUCAUCGAGUACGAGCACGAGCGGGACAUGCACUCCGCUUACAAACACGCAGAUGGCAAGAAGAUUGAUGGCAGAAGAGUCCUCGUGGAUGUGGAAAGGGGCCGGACCGUGAAGGGCUGGAGGCCUCGGCGGCUGGGAGGUGGCCUUGGUGGUACCAGAAGAGGUGGGGCUGAUGUGAACAUCCGGCAUUCAGGCCGUGAUGAUACAUCCCGCUAUGAUGAGAGGCCUGGCCCCUCCCCGCUUCCGCACAGGGACCGGGACCGGGACCGAGAGCGGGAGCGUAGAGAGCGGAGUCGGGAGAGAGACAAGGAGCGGGAACGGCGACGCUCCCGCUCUCGGGACCGGCGGAGGCGCUCACGGAGUCGUGACAAGGAUGAGCGGCGUCGGUCCAGGGAGCGGAGCAAGGACAAGGACCGAGACCGGAAGCGUCGAAGCAGUCGAAGCCGGGAACGGGCACGACGGGAGCGGGAACGCAAGGAGGAGCUUCGUGGUAGUGGAGGUGGUGGUAGUGGUGACAUGGCCGAGCCCUCUGAGCCUGGUGAUGCACCUCCUGAUGAUGGGCCUCCUGGGGAGCUUGGUCCUGAUGGCCCUGAUGGCCCGGAGGAGAAGGGCCGGGAUCGUGACCGGGAACGACGUCGGAGUCACAGGAGCGAGCGCGAGCGACGCCGGGACCGGGACCGGGACCGUGAUCGAGAGCACAAGCGGGGGGAACGGGGUGGUGAGCGAGGCAGGGAUGAGGCCCGCGGCGGGGGCGGGGGUGGCCAGGACAACGGGCUGGAAGGUCUGGGCAAUGACAGCCGAGACAUGUACAUAGAGUCUGAGGGCGGCGACGGAUACAUGGCUCCGGAGAACGGGUAUCUCAUGGAGGCAGCACCUGAGUGAGGAGGUCUUCCUAGCUGCUCUAUUCGGACGAGAUCCCAGCCAGCCCUCACUGUCGUCCUCUCCCUAACCUUCCUGGCCACCUCAGUUUGCCCUCUGAGGGUAGGAGUUCCUUUGUUCGGGCCCUUGGAUUUAAGAAUAAAAUUAAUUUCCUGUUGA